GUGGUUGUCCUUGCAGAUCAUCAGUCCACGACACGUGUUCUCCGCCUCUCCCUCCGCCUUCCUCUCUCCCUCACCCUUCACGCUGUCUUCUUCUUCUUCUUCUUCUUCGUCUUCACCUUCGACUCUAUCUCCGCCCUCGGCUUUGUUCCCAAGCUAUCUAUCGCCUGGUAUAAGGAAGAAGCCUACUCAUCCAGCCUUGCUCCAUUUUGCAACAGCAACAGCAAGAACAAUGGCGCUGGCUUCCUCGCGUGGGAGAAUGGAGCCCCUGCGGCAGUGGAAGGAUCAGGACACCAGCCCCGAGAGGACCAAGGUCUGGAAGGAGCCUAAGCCCAGGAAGGUCGCUGUCGUUUACUAUCUAUCCUCCCGCAGUGGCCAGUUGGAGCACCCCCACUUCAUGGAGGUCACUCUCUCCUCCGCCGACGGCCUCUACCUCCGAGAUGUGAUCGACCGCCUCAGCUUCCUCAGAGGCAAGGGGAUGACUAAUUUGUAUUCGUGGUCUUCUAAAAGGAGCUACAAGAAUGGAUUCGUGUGGCACGACCUCACCGAGGAUGAUCUGAUCCACCCGACGCAUGGCCAUGAGUACGUUCUCAAGGGUUCUGAGCUCUUCCAACCUCUCGCCUCUCCCAGCUUCCAGGAAGACAGUGCGGCAGUUCCUGCCUCCGAGAAGCCGCUGCAGGUUCCCAAAUCCGUGCACGACGAUUUCGAGAGCUUGCAGAUUAGAAGAAAGAGGGCGCCCUGGGGCUCCUUCGACCUCAACGAAUACAAGGUCUAUAAGACCGACCUGACGGCCGACGCAUCGACGCAGACGGACGACGGGAGGAACAGGCGGCGGUCGGCAGUCCCGAGGGCGGAAGAAGAGGGUCCACCGACCACGGAGCUGGAGCCGGAGGAUAUCUCACCUCCGCUGUCGUCGUCGAGUUCGGAGACUCUGGAGAAGCUAAUCAAGGCGGACGGCCGUGCCAUCACUGCCGUCGCCGCUGGGUCCGAGGGCCAGGGGAGGACGGCGGGGACAUCCGCGAGCGGGCGGAUGCGAACCUCGACCGUGCUCAUGCAACUUCUCUCGUGCGGCUCCAUCAACACGAAGGACCGCCACGGCCUCUCGGUGUCGACGCAGACGCCAGCACAGAGCAAGCAGGGAGCGGCUGCUCGCGUUGGGUCGGGUUCAGGCGGCAAGAAGGAAACGGACGGAUUCACCGACGGCAAAGAAUACUUCAGCGGGAGCUUGAUCGAAACCAAGAAGGCGAGUUAUGGCCGAGACGAGUUCCCAUGCCUGAAAAGGUCCUCUUCUUACAAUGCCAACAGGAGGCACAAAGGCACAAUGGAAAGGGAGUGAGGCAACCACACCAAUCUCACCCAGCUCUCUCGGAAGCAAAUGGAUUAACAAUGAGCCCAAGGAAGGAAGAAGAAGAAAAAGAACAAAGUUACAAAAAGAACUCUAAGAUAGAGACUGGAUCCGCCUAAAAAGACCCAAAGAAACAUAUAGUACUUAUGGGUGAAGAAGGCUUUCUUUUGCCUUCAUGAUUAAGGCACGUAGUUAAGCGGCCGAGGGAGGAAUUUUAGGAAAGUUAAAUGUUAUUUGCUUCUCCAAAACCUCUCUUUGCGUGCAUAAAGAAAUGGCACUGAAUCCUUUUUUUUGUUCAUUGAGAAGCUCAAAUUUUAUUGACUCUUUUCGACUU